UAUAAGUUCGAUAAACACCACUGUUAAAUUCGGUUUUAUAGUGCAGCCGACACACCGACGCUUAAUUUUGCGAGCCAAAAUUUUCAGGAAAUUUUCAAACAUUAAAAAAAUUUGUCGUUUCACAAUCGCGUACAAAUUGCACUAUUUGCUGUUUUCCGAAUUUUUUGAAGUUCACACUUUUGUUUAAUUGUUUUUGAAAUGGGUCUAAAUUUGUCAACCUUGUUGUCCCGAUUACUUUGGGGGAAUAAGAGCGUCCGAAUUUUGAUGGUUGGUCUCGACGCCGCUGGAAAGACCACAAUUCUCUACAAGUUCAAGUUGGCCGAAGUUGUGACAACCAUUCCGACCAUAGGGUUUAACGUAGAAACGGUGGAGUAUAGAAAUAUUUCCUUCACCGUUUGGGACGUAGGUGGUCAAGGAGCUAUCAGAAAUUUGUGGCGUUUCUACUACCAAAAUACGCAAGGGAUUAUUUUCGUCGUGGAUUCUACGGACAGAGAACGGAUCACGGAUGCGAGGGAAGAGCUGCAUAAAAUGAUGGAAGCAGACGAAUUGAGGGAUGCGGUUCUGUUGGUUAUGGCAAACAAGCAGGAUCUCCCGAACGCCAUGUCGUCUGCCGAACUGGUGGAUAAGCUUGGUUUGAAUGCUUAUCGAAGUCAUACGUGGAAUAUUCAAAGUACAUGUGCCCCCCAAGGACACGGCUUAUACGAAGGCCUGGAUUGGCUGUCCAACGAACUAAGCAAAAAGUGAACGAUGCAAUUUUGCCCAUGGUUUUUAAUGGGUUUACACAUUUUACUUAAAUACGAAGAGUGAAUGUGCACAAAAAAUUAUUUAUGCCUCAAAUAAAAUCAUCUAACCUGA